AACCAUGCUGUUGCCGGCCGAUAUGCUGGCGGCCCAGUCCAAGAUGGUCUAUCAGAUCAACAAGUAUUUCGGGGAACGCGUGAUGACCAGAAAGAGUCAAGUGAUGAAGACGAUCCAGGAGGUGUGUCGAGUGGUGCAGGACGUACUGAAGGAAGUAGAGGUCCAGGAACCGCGGUUCAUCUCGUCGUUGACCGACUACAACGGCCGCUUCGACGGUCUGGACGUGAUUUCGCCGACGGAGUUCGAGAUCGUGAUCUACCUUAACCAGAUGGGAGUUCUAAAUUUCGUGGACGACGGCACGCUACCGGGUUGCGCGGUGCUGAAGCUCAGCGACGGUCGAAAGAGGUCCAUGUCCCUCUGGGUGGAAUUCAUCACCGCGUCUGGCUAUCUGUCGGCCAGAAAGAUCCGCUCGAGAUUCCAGACCCUGGUGGCGCAGGCUUGCGACAAAUGCGCCUACAGAGAUUCCGUGAAAAUGAUAGCGGACACCACCGAAGUGAAGCUGCGUAUCAGAGAGCGAUACGUGGUGCAGAUCACCCCGGCCUUCAAGUGUGCCGGACUCUGGCCAAGAUCGGCCUCCCACUGGCCCAUAGCGCACAUACCCUGGCCACAUCCUAACAUCGUGGCGGAAGUGAAAACCGAAGGAUUCGAUAUGCUGUCGAAGGAGUGUAUAGGUCUGCAAGGGAAGCAGUCGGCGAUGGAGGGCGACGCUUGGGCGUUGUCCUUCAUAGACGCGGAGAACCGUCUGCUGCAAGGUGGCAGUCGUAAGCGUUGUCUGAGUAUCUUGAAGACUCUCAGAGACAGACAUCUGGAUCUACCUGGCAACCCCGUCACCAGUUACCACAUGAAGACCCUGUUACUGUACGAGUGCGAGAAACAUCCCCACGAGGCUGAGUGGGACGAGACGUGCAUCGGAGACCGCAUCAACGGAAUACUGUUGCAAUUGAUCUCUUGCCUGCAGUGUCGCAGGUGUCCACAUUAUUUCCUACCUAAUCUCGACCUGUUCAAGGGAAAAUCGCCCAGUGGGCUGGAGAACGCGGCCAAACAGGUGUGGAGACUCACCAGGGAGCUUCUCACGAACAGCCGCGCCCUGGAGAAACUGUAGUUAACGUUUCGAUUUACUUGGAGAUUGUAUAUUGAGAAGCUGUCUUAAUCGGUGUACCGACCAUUCGCGAACUGUAGAGAAAUUCCGAAUACCAUUUGCUGGACUGGCUGAGAAUUUUCGAGAAGCAAACUGGAAGUACUCGUCGUUCAGAAGACUAGUGUGUGUUUGCGAAAGCGAGAACGAUCGUGCGUGUGUGAUUUUGUGGUCCCGAGGACGAUCUUGAACCAGUGCCAUAAAUACGAUGACGAAUUUUCUGUUUGACUCGAAACACGAAUGUUCCCUGUCAGGAGGGAGUCGCCGACGGCCAGUUACGUCGGAUCUAACACUGCGAUCUAACUCUUAACCGGUGAUAUUCGUGUUCGCUCGCGAAUUGCAACACGAUACGAUAAUCGUGGAAGAAAUGUGACGAACACCGUUCAACGGAAUAUUCGUGAAAUCGUUGAGAAAAGGGAACGUACGAGUCACCGGUUACGGGUCACUUCGGUCCUCUGUUUUAAUCGAUCUAUCCUGUCUACCGACGCUAUGUAAAUACUACUUGAAAGAUAUUUAUUGAAAGUGUACACGAAAAUUGUGAAAUACAAUGCUAUUUAUAUGGAACCAUA